AUGGCACCUUCAAUCAGCUACGACGCAGUAUUAUCGGCAUUCGAUGACCUAGUCGCCAGGAAGAGCAUCUAUUAUGCCCCGCGCACAACAACCAAGUUCGACGAUGACGGGUUUGCUUUCGAGUUCCACAUAAGUACUUCACUCUCGAAGAAACCGCAGAAUGGGGACCCUGUCAGCGGGCAUGAAGACCCGAACGCGAAGAAACCAGAGUGCUUCGGGCCAGGAAGCGACAUUGGGAACGAUGACCCGGCCACGCUCCUCGCAAAUAUCCACGGGACGCACUUGCUUGUGGUGAACAAGUUCUGCAUGUUCCGGCCGCAAUUACUGCUACUGACGAGCGACUCGUAUCGGCGGCAGUGGGAGCCGCUGGACUUGGAUGAUUUGGCCGCUGCUUGUACGGUUCUAACCUCGCUCGAUGCGUCGCCGCAGGUUGUCAUUUACAACUGUGGGCCGAGAGGCGGUGCUAGCAGGCAGCACAAGCAUUUGCAGGUAUUGCCGCGGCCGCCGAAAUUAUUCCCGGAUGAGCAAAGUGAGAGCAAGGCCGUGCCGUACAAGUACUUCCUGCGGUAUCUUCAUGACAUUGAGCUUAGGAGUCCGGAAGGCCAGAAUAGACUUUUUGAGAUAUACAGGGAUUUGCUUGCUGAGGCUAAGGAGUCUCUUGGGGGGAAUCUUGAGGACAGCGACUAUAUCCCUCAUAAUGUCGCCUUGGUCAAAGAGUGGAUCAUGGUUAUUCCUAGGCGGAGUGCUGAUUUCGAAGGCGUUGCUGCGAAUACCCCAGGGAUGCUAGGCUCCGUGUGGUUGACGAGCGAGGAGGAGAUGAAUCGGUGGAAACAAAUCGGACCCCGGAGGGUUCUUGCCGGGCUGGGAGUGCCUGCUUGA